AUGGGCGGUUUGGUGACGAAGAAAGCAUAUAUCUUGGCGAAACAAGACGCAGUCCACAAGGAAUUGUCAGGGCGAUUCGCGGCGUUCUAUUUCCUAGCUACGCCGCAUCGAGGUUCCGACUCGGCAAAGAUGCUGAAAAACCUCCUCAAGGUUGCUUAUGAUCGCGCUUAUGUUGGCGAUCUGGAACCAAACUCUGAGGCUGUCCAGGUGAUCAAUGACGAAUUCCGGCAUAUCUCGGCCGGGCUUGAGCUGUGGUCGUUCUAUGAAACGCAGAAAAUGAAACUCUUUAGCUCACUCAUCGUCGAUCCUGAGUCGGCCGUUCUCGGUUAUCGAGAAGAAAAGCAGAUUCCCAUGGCUGCUGACCACCGCACAAUAUGCAAAUUCGGCACACCUGAAGACUCUAACUACGCCCAACUACGAAAUGCGCUCGCCUCUACUGUGAGCAUAAUUAAAACGGCAAUCGUGGAGCUGAAGAGGAAGCAGAUGCGUGAGAGGACCAAGGACCUCAAGAUGUUCCUGAAAAUUCCCGACGUCUUAGACGAUGAUCUUGAAAACGUCUGCGAAGCUCGGAUGAACGGGUCAUGUAGAUGGAUUUCCAACAAAGCCGAUUAUAUCAAAUGGAGAGAUGGGAAAUCCGGAAAUCAGAGGACUCUAUGGAUCAAGGGUAGGCCAGCAACGGGGAAGUCUGUUCUCUCAGGCUAUAUCGUAGAUCAGCUUAAGGAGUCCGGCCAGGCAUGCAGCUACUUUUUCUUCCGACAUGGAGACAAGUCAAAGUCUAAUUUAGGUUGUUGUCUCCGAUCUCUCGCUUUUCAGAUGGCUAGUUCCCAUAUCGAAGCUAGUGAUGCCAUUCUAGGAGUGCAGGCGGAUGGUGUUUGCUUAGAUUCCGUUGACGAACGUACCCUUUGGAGAAUUCUCUUCCUUUCCGGUAUUUUUCAGGCCCCAAUGGCCCGGCAUUACUGGGUCAUCGACGCUCUGGACGAGUGUUCCAAUCCUGCAAUCCUUUUUAACACCAUAUUUUCCAACAUGGGCGAGUCUAUACCCUUGCGAAUCCUCGUGACAAGUCGGGAUACGGUCGAUCUGGCCCAACGCUUUUCAGUCAUCCCACCCAACCUAUUUCAGUAUUUGCCGAUCUUGGAAACAGACACAGAGUCAGAUCUCAGGCUUUUGAUACAGAGAAAGACUCAGGCUCUAACAGUCGUGGGACCUGACGAUCAAGGGACAUUAGCCGAGAAAAUUCUAGACAAAUCCAAGGGGUCCUUCUUGUGGACAAUCCUGGUGCUUGAGGAACUCCUAUGCUGCCACAGUAAGAAGGAAAUCCAACAGAUUCUCCAAGAUGUGCCGAGAGGCAUGGUGUCAUUAUACAGGCGCGCUUUAACCUCGAUGUCGCAGGCCACUCGCGGAAAAAAGCUGGCCAAAACCAUUCUCAUGUGGGCAGUAUGUGCGAUUCGACCAAUGACAAUCGGCGAGUUGGAUGGUGCUCUGACUCUUGAAAUCCAUGACUCAUUCCCAAUAUUGAAGGAGAGCAUUGCCGCACUCUGUGGUCAACUAGUGGUCGUGGACAAAUAUGGGAGAGUAAAUAUGGUGCAUGAAACUGCUAGAGAAUUCCUUGUCGCCGACGGACUUGAUUCCGAGUUUUACAUUGAAAAAACAAAGGCGCAUACACGGAUGGCUCAUGUGUGUCUCGAAUACCUUGCUGGGGAGGAAAUGAAGCCUCCUAGGAACACUCGACGUCGUUCAUCUGCAAAUUUCCCAGCAAGAAGACUAGAUUUCGCCGCUUAUGCAUACACAUCAUUCUCAUAUCACCUCUCAAGAGCUGAUCCAUCGGCGGCAGAGACAUUCCAGCUUGUCGUACAGUUCCUGAAAUGCAAUGUCCUCACUUGGAUCGAAAUGAUCGCUGGCUGUCAAAAUCUCAGCUACCUCAUCCGCGCCUCAAAACACCUCAAAACCUACGUCAACGCAUGUGCUACUGAGCAUUCUCCACUAGAUCCUCAUAUACGAGACCUUCGACAGUGGAUCGCGGACCUUGCUCGAAUUCCUGCCAUGUUCGCCAACGCCCUCAUGGUAUCUCCAUCAUCAAUAUACUCUUUGAUACCUCCAUUCUGUCCCACCGAGUCUAUGAUAUACAACAUCGGGGGCUCAGGCCAGAGGCUCGCAGUGAGUGGCGCUCUUAUGAAGCAUUGGGACGACAGGUUGUUGUGCAUUGAUUUUCGUCAGGGGCAACCAAGGGCUUUGCGCUAUGGAGACGAAUUCCUGGCCGUAGGUCUCAGUUCAGUGUCCGUUGUACUAUACUAUGUCACAUCAUACCAAGAAUACAAGGUUUUGGAACAUGGUGAAGGGGUCGAAUUCAUCGCUUUCGCGAUCAGAAGUGGCCUCUUAGCAACAUGUGGUAGGAGGAUGAUCAAGAUCUGGGACAUCAGAAGUGGCGAAGUGAUACACAGCUUCGCGAGCCUUCCACGUCCGAUGGCUAUGGAAUUCGAUGAUGAGACGCUUUUAGUUGCAAGUGGUAACAACUACAUCGCGUCUUGGCAUCUGGGACACGAUGUCGAGCCGACGUCAGUGCUGGUACCAUGGUGUGAUACCAAUACGCCAGAGACGAGCCGAAAACUUCCGCGUGGGAGCCCAUGCGCACUUACCCUCUCUACCAGCCACAGAAUGCUUGCUGUUGCAUACAGUGGUCAACCAAUCAUACUUUGGGACAUGGAAGAGGAUGCCUUCGCUGGUAGCUGCGGCAAGAAACUCUCCAGCGGAGAAACCAGCACGCAUGUUGUCGUCGCACUUGCUUUCAACCCUAAUCCUGACAUUAGCCUUCUCGCAGUCUCUUACCUUGAUGGUGAUCUUGCCCUCCUUGACCCAUUUACCGACCAGCAGCUAGAAUGUUUUCGUGCCAACUGUCAAACACUCGUCCCAAGCCCUAAUGGGCGUCUCCUGGCAGCCGGUGGUGCAGAUGGUAUUAUCCACGUCUAUCAAUUUGAUACUUUCAAGCUCCUCUAUCGGGUCAAAUCAUCCAACUCUUUUAUCAAGCAGCUUGCUUUUACCAGGGACAGUAUGCCUUUUGCCGACAUAAGAGGCACCCAUUGUACUGUCUGGGAACCUGAAGCUCUAUUGCGAGAGUCCCUAAGCGAUGGCAGCAGCGGGACCACUUUCGCCACCGAGGUAGAGACAGUUUCCACAGAAGCCAAAGCAAAGAUCACUGCCAUAGCGAUCCACCACAUGUCCGAAAUUGUGUUUUGUGGGAAGGAUGACGGGUCAGUCGUACUUUACGAGCGGAAAAUGGCAGUGAGCUUGGGGACUCUCUACAGCCACAAGUCACCAGUCCGCCUGUUAGUCUGGAUCGAGACAAGGGAUUCCCUCCUUAGCGUUGAUGCCUCGAAUAGGAUCUUCCUACAUAAAAUCCGCAAGUCAGCGGAAAAAGGCUGGCCUGGCGAUCUGACUGUACUCUUCAAGUCCCACCUGCAUUCCGGGGAAGCAAUCAGAGAUGUACUAGUCGGAGAAGUAGCAGGGAAAUUUUUGGUAUCUACUCGUGAGUCUGAUCAUCUGUUCAAUUUGAACAGCGGUCAGUACGAGAGAAAGCAGCCGUACCCAAAAAUACCAGGAGCCCGAAAAUGGCUCCCUCAUCCAGACUCCUCUCUACAUCUGAUCUGUGUGUACAACGUCAAAAUAUGCACUUACUGCUGGAGUGACUGGUCUGAAGCUUCAUGUUUUGCAUUGCCUUUGAAUAAAGAAGGGACAGAGCUCAAGAAUGCGACCCUAUACUCGCUCGGUCCGAAACGAAGAAUCAUGCUCGACUUCUUGCUUCUGGGCAGCUCCACCAACAUCAACAGGAUUGCGAUAAUUGAAGCAGAAUUUCUUUCAGUCGUCAAAAACGAUGAUAGAGUCUUCCAAGGCAAGCAUUUAGGUGCUACGGUCGCAUUAGGUCAAGUUGCCACAGAUGAAGCAAAGAAUUUCAUCUUAACAUCAAGUCUUGCCGCUCCAGGUUAUCUGCAGAUGACGGCAUUCGAGCUUAGUGUUGCUCAUGUUAUCGACAUUCAUGAAUCCAAGCUCGUGUUCCUGAACCGGUCUUCUUGGGUGUGCUCUGUUGACCUUAGCGAGAGCAGGUCAGGGAUCCCGCAGAGCAAAGAUUCCCCAGGGACUGAGGUCUUUGAGCACUUUUUUGUUCCAUAUGAUUGGUUUGCUGGAAAUAGGGACAUUGUUUGUGCCUUGGCAAAGAGGGAUAUUAUGUUGACUCGGGGUGGUGACUUGGCGGUGAUCAGAGGCGGUCUUGACUAUGCUGAGAGAAUUUGUAUGGAUAAAAGUCCGAAAUGA